AUGUCGAAGAAGGAGCGCAUCGCUUCGUCUCUUGACCGGAUAACGGAUCUGUGUUUUACGAUCUCUGAGUUGGCGAUUGGCGAAGACUCUGAGGAGGAAGCAUCUGCGAAGGCUUCCACGAGUGCUCUCUGUCCUGAGGCCGCAAUCUUUGAGCCUUCACGCAAGGGGAAGGAGAAGAUCUCUGGCAAAGAGGAGAGUGCGAUUUUUGAGGAUUGGGAAAGUGUUCCCGAUCUGCCAUCUGAGAGUGACACGCCUCCUUCCUAUUGUCAGGUUGUUGGGGGUAGCUCUCAGUCUGUGUGCAUCACUCCUGUCGGUCGGGAGGUGAGGAGUCAGUCUGUUGAUUCAGGGGAAUCUUCAGCUAUGGCGGCCAACUUGCCGAACUUUGCGGCUAUGACGGUGGCCCAAUUUGACCAGUACUAUAAUGGUCUUCAGACAGAUCCUGCCAGGAUUGCGGCUGAGACGCAGGCCCUGACACAUGGCAGUGACGCCAUAAGGAUCUCUGUGUUGCUGAAGCGUGAUAAUCGCAACCACGCCAAUCUGACAGCAAUGCAGGGUCAGUUGCAGCAAGCUCAGGCCACGGCUGCACAGGCACAACAGCAAGCUCAGGUUGCUGCUGCUGCUCAGGCUGCUGCCGUUGCAGCUGCUGCAGGGCAGUAUGCUACUUUGCAGUGGCCCAUGAUCGAGGAACGCUUGAAGCGUAAGCCUGCCCAGUCCACCAAGUCGGUGGCUGGCAAACGUAAGGCGUCCGGAAGUGGCUCCGGGAGGACGUCUAAGGCGCGGCUGUCUGCUGCCCUUACGGACGAGCAGUAUGCUCACAACAUGGCGAACCGCCUGUGCCGCAACUGCGGGAAGCCAGACCAUAUUGCGGCAGACUGUACUGAGGAGUCUCAGAAUGGUAGCAAUAAUAGGAAAAAGCAGAAGAAGGGGAGGAAGGAUUUUCAGAAACGCUAG